UUAAGCCAAAGGCAUCGUUGAUAAAUUCUGCAAAAAAAAACACACAUUUCUACUGAGAAUAUUUUAUUCAAGAUAUAAUGAAUGUUGUGUAUAUGUAGAAUUUUAAAAGUGUUCUUCAAGCAGUGAAAUAAAAACGUAGAUUAUAGUUUUAUAUAUUUGAACAUAUCACUAUCUCAAGCAUAAUUUUUGCCUGAAUGAAGAGGGAUUAAUCAUUAAUGUAAGGAACUAAAACUUACAAAUUAAAUGGGUGAACUGUCACAGAAACAGAAUGGAAAUAAGUGAAAAUGCAGACAGUAAUGUACAGAGAGCGCCAAUGGAAAUAUAAACAAUGAAGAUAAGGGAUGAGGAAGAAAAGUACCUGACUGUGCUGCUAUGUCAAUGCUGCCAUUGUUCCUGAUUCCAUCUCUGCUACAAUUUAUGGUAUAUGGCACUAAUGCAGAGUGUGCCAUAGGGAAUGCAAAUGAGAAUGCGCGGUGGAUAAAUUCUAAUGGACGUCUCAAAAUCCGGGACAAUGAUGCCAAUCUGGAUAUUGGCAAUGAUGAUUAUUUUCUGUUUCAAGCAUCCUGCUCCGAAAAUCUUGAAUAUGGAGAGGUGGAUGAAUUCUGUAAUUGCACAUUCACUAAUGGUACUGGUGUCACAUACUCAUGCUUUGCAGAGUAUAUGGACUCACUGCCCAAACCAGAUAACCAAGUCCCUGCAGAUAAACUGAGCUUGUAUGCAGUGCGGAAUAUGAGAAAUGUGCAUCAAAUUAAUUCACAUCAGUUCUUGGGGUAUAGAACAAAGGAGAUAAGGAUUGAAUACAUGGAUUCACUCCACCUGGAAGAGAGGGCAUUUGAAGGAGUUCAGGAUCUAGAAACACUGAAGCUCACACACAAUAAUUUUGGAGAAAUGAGUCAACCUGAUCUUAUCUUUGCUGGCCUGGUUAACCUGACAACACUUGACUUGUCAUACAAUCAAAUUACAGGCUGGAAAUCUCCAGGCAGAUCUCCUUCUGUGGAACCAGUACUGCCAAAACUUAUGACCUUGGAUCUGACUGGGAACCCCCUUGUGUAUCUACGCAACAACACAUUUGAAUGGCUAAGAGGAUCUCAACUUCGGCACCUGAUUCUGCAGAAGUGCAACAUAAAGUUCAUUGAGACAGGAGCACUGGAUCCAGUUGAAUCAACAAUACAUACCAUUGACGUUGGAAAUUCAAAGAUCCAACGUCAGCUGAUUCUGAAUCUAAUACGUCAUUUGGCUUCUAAAUCUUCACUUCAUGGAAUUGCACUCUCUAAAAUUGGCCUGACAUACAUACCAUACGAUGUUCUAAAGGAUACCAAUGGAACACUUCAGUAUUUGUCUCUACAUGGCAAUACAUUUCAAAGCCUUAGCAUGGACCAUCUAAAAAGGAGGAAGACAUCAGUGUUGCAAGCAAUGAAGAAUAAUUCUACGAUAUCAGCUUAUGAAAUGAUGGUGCUACAAACCCCAAACAAAGUGUUCCCUUACAUGCCAAAACUUGAAGAACUUGACCUCAGCAAGUGCGGUAUUUAUUACAUAGAGAAAGAUGUAUUCACAGCAUUGCCAAAUCUGAAGUCUCUACUCCUGUCACAUAAUCAGCUUAUUACUUUCAACACACUGAAUUCUCCUGCUUUCUCCCAGCUCCACUAUUUGGAUUUAAGCAAAAAUCCAUUGUAUUUAUAUAGCCUGAAUUUCACUUAUUUCCCGGUUCUUACAAUCUUAGACCUUUCGUUUACUAAUUUAAGAAAAAUUUUCAAAGAUACAUUUCAAACUCCAAGUAAAAAACUACAGAAACUCUCAAUGUGUUACAGCAGACUCAGUUACAUUGAAGAUAAUUCUUUUAUAAAUUUGGAUACUUUGAAAGUUUUAGAUUUGAGAGGGAAUAACAACCUAGGCCAACACUUGUCUACGGGUACAUUCAAUAGUUUGUCAUCUUUGGAAGAACUUCAUUUAGCAGAGUGCACCUUGAAAGUUAUGCCUAGGUUCUCUUCACAUCUUAAGGCAACAAUUGAAAUGACACCGUUACAAAACCUUACAUCACUUAAAAGAAUCAACCUUGCAAAGAAUGAUAUAAAAAGCAUUGCCAGUUUGACUGUAGAGUCUCUACCUCACCUAGAAACUUUGGACUUAAGUAAUAACUAUAUUAGAUCUUGGGAUCAACCAGUUUUCAGCAACACACGCUUGAGAAACCUCAAUGUUGCACAUAACUAUUUGAAUUACAUUACAGAUGCAAUGCUACAAGAUUUUAGAGGCCUGAAAACUCUAAUUAUAUCAACUAAUCCAUUUGUAUGUGACUGCAACUGUGUGAGGUUCCUGGAAAUGGUAGAGAAUGCCACAGAAAGUUCUGACAGUGAAGAGAAAGGACCAGCACCAGAACCGCGAAUGUAUGAAACAAUGAUGAAGUUCAUUAGUGCUAAUUAUAGUGCCAUGCAAACCAAUACUGGUUUUAAACCUGUUUACCCUCCAAGUGUUGACUCAAAUUACUUUAUUUGGGACUGGGACAAAAAUGAUGUUUACAUAUGUCUAGAGAAAAUUCAUUCAGAUGAGGUGAACUAUAUUCCCUUCCAGAAUGUAUCAUGUGACAAAGCAGAGAUUCAACAGCCAACACAAAGUAUUGAUGAUGAUACCAAUAAUAAUGAUAUGACUGAAGUGAACAACAAUGAAAAAGUGGCAAUAGCAGCAGUAGCUGCAGUUCUACUCAUUACUACAGCUGUUGGUAUCACAUACUGGAAGUGGUGGUACAUUCGAUACUUUGCCAUACUAGUGAAAAAUGCCACUGUUCUGAGUUUCAUGUCACAUGAAGAAGAUUCUUCCACAGACUAUAUUUAUAAUUAUGACAUCUUUAUGUCAUACAGUGAUCAAAAUCGAGAAUGGGUACUCAACAGUUUGUUGCCCAACCUUGAAUCCAAAUCUAAAGUGAGGGUCUGUCUCCAUGAACGUGAUUUCCAAGUGGGAAUCAGUAUACUAGAAAAUAUAAUUUCAAGUAUAGACCGUAGUAGAUGCAUCUUGCUAGUUAUCUCACAGUCUUUCUUGCGAAGCCAGUGGUGCCAGUUCGAAUUGCAUCUCGCUCAGCAUAGGCUGCUUGAGACAAGACGGGAAGAACUCAUCUUACUCUUUCUUGAGGAAAUUCCAAGAAUAAAAAGGCCAAAGACCUUACAAUACCUCAUGAAAACUAAGACAUACAUACAGUGGCCAAAGAAAGAUGAUACAGAAGGCCAAAAAUUAUUCUGGAAAAGACUGCAUCGUGCCAUUCUUCGAAACACAGUGGAGAAGGAAAAGAAACAUAUUUCCAUCGUUUAAUUAUCAGAAUAUUAUAUAAGGAAGAUCUUCAGAAUGAAAAUUAUAACACAGACUGAAUACCUGAGAGAAAAAUAUAUACUUAACACAAAAAGAGGUGACAAAGUAACUAACAGAACAAGAGGGCAGAUGUACUUCAACAUGCCUUGCAUAGACUUCAGCAUCUUUCUUUCGCAUCGUGGAGGCAGGGUGGAUUAUAGUACUUGACUUCACCUAAUUAGGUUAUAUGUAGAGACACUCUCACUAAACCAAUCUGAGUUUAAGGAAUAAUGCGUCCCAGCAAAUGAAAUUUUUAAUUUCUUCAUGCGUAUAUGGACACACUGUACAUUUCUUAAGUGCUUAGGUAAAAUGUAAAGCACUACUCCAAAAAGGCA